AUGGACUCACAAAUGAAGGAAAUAGACCUAUUUCUAGGUAUAGGUUUGGAUGAUAUUCACAUGUUAGGAAUUUGUGGAAUGGGUGGAAUAGGUAAAACAACUCUAGCAAAAUUUGUUUUGGACAAGAUUUCUUAUCAAUUUGAUGGUAGUUGCUUUCUUGCCAACGUUAGAGAAGUUUCUUUGACACAAGGUCUGGUCGCCCUGCGGCAACAACUUAUUUCAAAACUCUUAAUAGAAAGAAAUAUAAACAUAUGGGAUGUUGACGGAGGAUGUAAUGAGAUAGGGAGAAGGUUACAGUGUAAAAGGGUUGUAGUCAUACUUGAUGAUGCAGAUCAAUUAGAACAAUUGCAAGCAUUAGCUGGAAUGCAUGAUUGGUUUCGUUUGGGAAGUAGAAUCAUCAUUACAACUAGAGAUCAACAUGUGCUUGUUAGACAUGGUGUGGAUAAUGUGCAUAUGGUUGAUGGAUUAAGUCAUGAGGAAGCUCUUCAGCUCUUUUGCUGGAAAGCCUUUAGAAAAGGUCAUCCUACUGAUGGUUAUUUAGAGCUGUCAGUGCAAAUGGUCAGUCAUGCUGUUGGCCUUCCAUUGGCUCUUGAAGUUUUGGGAUCGUUUUUGUUUGGUAGAAGUGAAGCUGAGUGGAAAGACGCAUUGGAUAGAUUGAAAAAAGUUCCUGACAGAAGAAUUUUUGAAAUACUCAAAAAUAAGUUACGAUGGGCUGCAGGAACUAGUGAAGAAAAUAUUUCUGGAUGUUGCUUGUUUCUUUAAAGGGAGGGACAUAGAUGAAAUAAGAGAAAUACUAGACAGUUGUGAUUUUCACCCAGAUAUUGGAAUUAGCGUUUUGAUUGAUAAAUGUAUCAUAACUCUUUCAAACAACUCAUUGUGCAUGCAUGAUUUGAUACAGUAUAUGGGUUGGGAAAUUUUUUGCCAAGAGUGCCCAAAAAAGCGUGGCCAGCGGAGUAGAUUGUGGCUUUCUAAUGAUAUUCAUCGUAUAUUGACAAAAAAUGAGGGCACAGAGGCUGUUGAAGGCAUAAUCCUAGACUUUCCCGCAUACAAAGAAUUAAAAUUGAAUGCGAAAUCCUUUUCAAGGAUAAACAAUCUAAGAUUACUCAAAAUCAAAGAUGGUAGCCUUUGCCAAAGUCUUGAAUAUCUUUCAGAUGAGUUAUGUCUUCUGGAUUGGCAUGGCUACCCCUGAAGAUCUUUGCCAUUCAAUUUUCAAUACAGCAAACUUUUCGAACUUAACAUGUGUAACAGCCACAUUAAACAACUUUGGUAAGGAGUAGAGGUAACAUUCUCAAUUGCAUAUGUAC